AUGAUCAACUGGGACGCCACGAAGGACCAGACCAUCCUCAGAGGUAUUUUUGCGUUCCACAACAUCAAGAACUCCCAGCCACUCCUCGAAUACCUAGCUAAGGAGAUUGGUGAGGGAUGUACCCCAAAGGCCGUGAGUCACCGUCUCACCAGUUUGCGCAAGAGUGACAAGAUAAUGAACUCCGACGGAUCAAGCGCAACUCCCAAGAAGGUAGUCUCGACUCCAAGGACUCCGCGUACUCCUACCUCUAGCCGUGGACGCGCAAAGGCCUCCAGAAGCAAGAAGAACACUGACAACUACACAAUCUCCGACGACGCUGACGAAGACGAUAAGCCUGUUGCCUCGCCUUCUGUUGGUCGUAAGCGUGUGCGCACCUCCAAGGCUCCCGCAUCAUAUGCCGAGUCUGAUGCUACCACCGGUGACGACGAAGAAGAGUUCACGCCUGUGUCCAAGCGCGUCAAGACGGAGCCGGUCGAAGCUGAGGGUCUUGCUAGCGUAACUGACAACCAGGCUCAGGUUGAAAAAGAAGAUGAGAGUGUGGCCUUCAAUUGA